CGGUGGGAAAGAGCGACCGCAGCAGUUGUGUAUUUACGAUAAUCAGAAGAGACCUCGAUAUUCGAUCUCAUCUCCUGCGUGAACUAUAUAAAUAUACUAUAUAAAAUAGUCCGUUUUGGGAUAAAUAUUACUUUUAUUGGAUAUAAAGCCUUCUGAAGCUCGACGGAAAUAAUCGCAAAUAACAAUGGGCAGGCAAGUAACGCUGUUUGUCUCCCUCCUCUCCCUUGGCUCGGUGCUCGGGCAGGUCAGCUACACGAUUCCUGAGGAAAUGGUCAAAGGAUCUUUAGUCGGUAACUUAGCUCAUGAUUUAGGCAUACAAACUAAACGUUUAAUAUCUGGUAAAGCUCGAGUUUACAGCCGAGACAGCGGUGAGUACAUCGAGCUGAACAGAGAAAGAGGAGUCCUCCUUGUUAAAGAGAGAAUCGACAGAGAGACGCUCUGCAGACAGACAACGCCGUGUGCUUUACAUUUUCAGAUUGUUCUAGAUAAUCCGAUGGAAUUUUACACUGUUACAGUUCAGAUCACAGAUACAAAUGAUGAUGCGCCAACAUUUAAAAAGAGUCAAAUCGUUUUUAAAAUCAGUGAGUCGACUGCUAUUGGGACAACAUUUGUGCUGGAAAGUGCAGUGGAUAUGGAUGUUGGAAUUAAUGGUGUUCAUGGAUACCAGUUAAAACCGACGGACAAUUUUGCUCUGAAGCUGCAGAAUAAUGUUGAUGGAAAUACAAACGUUGAGAUGGUGUUACAGAAGCCUUUAGACAGAGAAAGACAAGGGCAGAUCUCGCUCGUGUUAACGGCUGUAGAUGGAGGAGAGCCGCAGAUGUCAGGAACGAUGAUGAUUGUCAUCACUGUUUUAGACGCUAAUGAUAAUGCUCCUGUUUUUACACAGCGAAUAUACAAAACCACCGUGACAGAAAAUUCCCCCAAAGGAACAGUUGUUGCUACAGUUACAGCUUCAGAUGCAGAUGAAGGUUUGAACAGUAAGAUAACAUAUUCAAUCACAAAUGCAGAAGACGAAGGAAAGUUGUUUGAGAUGAAUAAGGAAAAUGGGGAGUUGACGUUAAUUGGAGAUAUUGAUUUUGAGAAGGUACAAAACUAUCAAAUUAAUUUGCGUGCCAGUGAUGAAGGGGGACUUUCAGAUUCUUCAAAAUUAGUUGUUGAUGUUCAAGAUAUAAAUGACAAUCGCCCCGAAAUUAACAUAAUGUCAAAGUCAAACGUGAUUUCGGAGGAUGCUAAAGAAAAUACAGUUGUUACAAUGAUAAACAUUGAAGACAACGACUCUGGUGACAAUGGAAAGGUGAAUUGUUAUAUUAGCGAAAAUAUGCCAUUUAUUUUAAAGUCAUCAACAAAUAAUUUUUACAGCUUAAUAAAUGACAAUAAAUUGGACAGAGAGAAAGACUCGGAGUAUAACAUCACAGUGACCUGCUCGGAUGAAGGAGUCCCUUCCCUAUCCAGCAGCGUCACCCUCACCUUACAGAUCUCUGACGUAAAUGACAACGCACCUGUCUUUGAGAGGAGCUUAUAUGAAGCAUAUAUUGUAGAAAACAACAGACCAGGGGUCUCUAUAUUCACAGUGAAAGCAACAGACGCUGACUGGAAUCAAAAUGCCCGUGUUUCUUACAUACUGGAAGAUUCAUCUGUUAACGGAGUUCCAGUCUCCUCAUUUGUGUCUGUUAGUGCUGAUAGUGGAGUCAUACAUGCAGUACGAUCUUUUGACUACGAACAAAUCAAAGAUUUUCAUUUCUGCGUCAAAGCUCAGGAUGGAGGUUCUCCUCCACUCAGCAGCAACGUGACUGUGAAAAUACUGAUCCAGGAUCAGAAUGAUAACCCUCCUCAGGUUCUGUAUCCAGUCCUGACUGGUGGCUCUGUGGUGGCUGAAAUGGUGCCUCGUUCAGCAGAUGUGGGCUAUCUGGUCACUAAAGUGGUGGCUGUUGAUGUGGACUCUGGACAGAAUGCCUGGCUCUCCUAUAAACUCCAGAAAACCACAGACAGGGCGCUGUUUGAAGUGGGCUUACAGAAUGGAGAAAUCAGAACUAUCCGCCAAGUCACUGAUAAAGAUGCUGUGAAACAAAGACUGACUGUUAUUGUGGAGGACAACGGACAUCCCUCUCGUUCAGCUACAGUCAUCGUGAACGUGGCGGUGGCUGACAGUUUCCCUGAAGUUCUGUCGGAGUUUACCGACUUUACACACGAUAAGGAAUACAACGACAACCUGACUUUUUACUUAGUGUUGGCUCUGGCUGUAGUCUCCUUUCUCUUCAUCACGUGUUUAGUGGUUAUUAUAUCAGUGAAAAUCUACAGAUGGAGACAGUCUCGCAUCCUGUAUCACUCCAGCCUCCCUGUGAUUCCAUAUUAUCCACCACGUUACUCGGACACUUUGGGGACAGGGACUCUCCCACACGUGUACAAUUACGAGGUGUGCAGGACGACUGACUCCAGGAAGAGUGACUGUAAAUUCGGGACAGCUAGAAGUCAGAACGUGUUGAUAAUGGACCCCAGUUCUACAGGAACGAUGCAUAAAUUCCAGAAUGAGAAGAGUAUCCUGGAUGAACCAGACUCGCCUGUAGAGGUGAGUGAGUUCCUAAUUGAAAUAUAA